AUUAAGAAGUAUAGACAUACAUGUGUAGACGCUAGGCACCGGCACCAAGGAAUCUUGCAGCCUAGAACACCAAAGUGUCCAUAACUUUGCGCCGCACCGCACGUUAUUGCACCUGUGCGUCUCGAUGGACGAAUAUGAGUACCUUGAGCGGCAAGUAGACGAAUGGCAGACGCGAGAGCGUCUUCCACCCCACCUGCAGCCUCGAAAAAAGUCUCCACCGCCCAGAUUUGGCACCUCCAGCGAUGAUGACAACAACCGCAUGCGACAAGCAGACAGGGAACGGGGCCGGGCAUCAAGAGAGCGCUCGGAAGACCUGGAGGCGUGCUGCCCCCCGCAUUUGCAACCGCAGCCCCGGCGAUCUCCUGAGCGAGGGAGACCACAAAUGGAGCGGGGCCAAAAGCGGCCGCGCUCGCAGACACCCCCAGAGGUGCGCAUGGCGCGCGAGAAGGAUAAGGAGCUUCGUGAGCUGGAGCGCGCUACGCGGACCAUCUUUGUGUUCAACCUAAGCCUGAAAGCGGCAGAGCGGGACCUGUUUCAGUUCUUUUCAAAGGUCGGUCGCGUGGUGGACAUUCGGCUCAUCACCGACAAGAGCAGCAAGAAGUCGCGCGGCCUGGCGUAUGUGGAGUUUGCGCGCGUGGAGGAGGUGCUGGCGGCUGUGGCGCUCACUGGCCAGCCGCUGCUGGGCCAGGCUGUCAUGAUCAAGGCCUCAGAGGCGGAGAAGAACAUGGCGUGGGAGGCGGCGCAGCAGCAGAAGCAGUGCACGCAGGCGGCCGCCGAGCAGCUGCUGGCCUCGGUGGUGGGCGGCGCCAAUGCCACGGUGCUCCACUCGGCGCACAGCGCCUACAACGCCUGCUGGCUCAACGUGAGCGGGCUGCACCCGGACCUCGGGGACGCGGAGGUCAGCCAGCUGUUCGCGCCCUUCGGGCAGCUGCGCGCCGCGCACGUCAUCCGUGACGUCACCGGCCAAAACACCGGCGCCGCGCACCUGCAUUACGCCACCACGGACGCGGCCGCGCGCGCCAUGGCGCACUGGCACGGCCGCAGGCUGAUGGAGUGCGUGCUGACGGUGGUGGCGGGCUCGGGCCCGGUGGCGGCCAACGCCACCUCAGCGGCGGGGGUGCUGCCCGGCAUGGUGCAGCAGUCGGGCGGGCUGGGGGCGGCGGUGGCGCCGUCGGCGGGCGCCGCCGCCGCGGUGACGUCGGUACAGGGCGCGGUCAUCACCACAGGCGAGCUGGACGAGGACGACGAGGGCGGCGGCAUCAAGAUGAGCGCGCAGGGGCGCGUGGCGCUCAUGUCACGGCUGGCGGGGUCGCAUGGCAUGCGCACGCCCGCGACGCACGUCACGGCUGCGGGUCUGCCUGCCGCGCUGCCCGUGCCCGGGCAGCUGACGGUGGACUCAACGCUGCUGAUGAAGCAGGGCAUUCUGGGACCCAGCUCGCCCAUCGCGACGCCCUGCCUGCUGCUGAAGAACAUGUUUGAACCCGCGGGUCAAGGCGCGGGGCCGGGCGAGCUGGCCGCGCUGGCGGCGGAGGUGGUGGCGGACGUGCGGGACGAGGGGUCGCGCUUCGGCGAGCUGGUGCACGUGUGGGCGGACGCCCGGUCCAGGGGUUUUGUUUACCUGCGCUACAGCAGCACACAGGCAGCGGAGGCGGCACACCGCGCGCUGCAUGGGCGCUGGUACGGCGGUCGGCAAAUUGUCGCUGAGUACCAAUUCGCGCAGGUUUACAACACUCACUUCAAGCUCUCCAAGUAAUCUUAUGUGCAACAUGUUUCUUUGUUCUCCUUGAUAAUGGCAACCAAUCUUUGUCAUGACCUCUCCAUGCAUGGCGGCUUGAGUGAUACUGGCUUCCUGGUGUUCAUCAUCGCUGGCGUCAGGUUUUGAGACUGGGUUUCCUUCUUCAUAUCCGAGGGAGCAUACAAAUUAUGUCUUUCUGCCUGGAAGCAUGACCUCUUUGCGAAUGUGCAGGAUGGAAGCGGGCGCUUACCAACCCCUACGACUGGACCAGGCAGCAAGCCAACCAUGGUGGCAGUAGCAUAGGCAGCAGCAGUGUGUCAGCAGCAGCACUACCAGAGGCGUCGCCGUACCGUUUUCUGGAGCAUUCUGGGAUUAUAUGAGGUGUGAGGCUGGCCGCCUAUCGUUCAUUACCGGUUUCUUUCACUGAGGUGCAGGACACAUGCUGGUUACCUCUGGCUGGUUGGCGCAGCGUCUUCGUACACUCAGCAGGACAGCACUCUCAUGUGUGGUUUACUGGUGUGCGGCCUCACGGGCAAGGACCGCAGCGCCACAUGUGAACGCUAGGCCAACGGAGGCAGGCCGCAGUGGUGCUCUGGCUGGGCAGUUGUGGGUGCCGGCCAUGGGGGCUGGGAAGGAGCAGCAGGGGGUGGAUGGGAGGUUUGCGUAGGGUAGUCUUUGCUGUGUUUGGCACACCUUGCUUUGCACCUCCCUGUCCACUAAAUUCACCGCCCUUGGUCCUGUGUGGCCUCGUCACCAGCCUUGGCUCUGCCUCUGGUACGCGUCGGGAUGUUCGUAGGUCAAUAGAUGGCCGGCAUGCUUGUUGAGGCUCGCUGCCAGGAAAGGCCGUACAGGCCCAAGGCUAGGGCUGGGGUCAGUGAAAAACAGCUUCUGCUGCCGUGCUGGAUGGCGUUGCAAGAGUGAAGUUGCGCCAGUGUCUGGGCAAAUGCAUGUCCAGGGGUUGUAUUUUGUUUUCCGGCGUGAUGACCAGCUCAGUCAGCCGUGGCCACAUUCAUGUCCCUGCCUGGUGGCUGGGUGGUACGGUAGCAACGGUUCGUGCGUAUGGGCAGGCCAGGCUGGUGGCCUUGAGCAGGGAUCGUGUGCGCGGCCAACAAUGGCGUGCAGGAUUGCAUCAUUGGUGCCUUGCCAUUGAAAUGCUUAAAUGCGAGUGCAGGCGGCACGUGUAACAUAUCUGUGAG